AUGGAAGAAAUGAAGAAGACUGUCAUCCAGCUGCCCAGAAGCAGCCAGAAGCCUGUAAAGACUGAAUGGAACUCCCGGUGUGUCCUUUUCACCUAUUUCCAAGGGGACAUCAGCAGCGUGGUGGAUGAGCACUUCUCCAGAGCUCUGGGAAACAUCAAGAGCCCCCAGGGGUUGAGCCCUUGGGGCCAGAGUAAAGAUGUCAUCCUAAGGAAUGAUAGUGAUAUGCCUCCAAAUCAAUGGCGUAUCUCUCCUCCAUGGACAAAGCCACAGCCAGAAGUAUCUCUUGCAAAUGGUGUUGCCAGCCGCAGCUUGAAUGUGCCUGAUCCCGUGGCUGUGGCUCAGUUCCCGCACUCCCUGACUGGGAGCCCCUCCGCUCAGCCUGCGGAGCUGUGGCAUUUAUCCUCCCUAGCCAGCCCCAGCUCCCCAGAGCCUGGCUAUCCUCGUGCAAUCCUCUCUGGGCACCUGGCUCCAGAGCCCCGGCCUGAUGGGAAAUGUGAGCCCCUCCUAAGUCUCCACCAUCGAGACAAAUGCCUAGCUCGUCCUCAGGAAUCUGCCACGAGAGAGGAUUACAACCCUGUCCAGAUAGCUGGAAGCACGGGAUUGCUCCUCAACCUGCCUCCCAGCUCAGUCUACCAUAAGAAAAUACAUGUCUCCCCCAACCGUGGACCUGCCACUAGUAGCCUUGCAAAUGAAAGAUGCCCAUCUCCAGAGAGAAGAAAAUAUCCAUUCCUUUGUUGA